AGAUAUAUUGCUAAGGAGUUGAGUGGAACGGUGAGGGAGAUUUUAGGGACUUGUGUUUCCGUGGGGUGUACGGUUGAUGGUAGGGACCCAAUGACAGCAUCUUCAUGAGGAGAUUGUUGAUGUUCCUAACGAGUAAAGAAGGUUCUUUGUCCAAAAAAAAAAACGAGUAAAGAAGGUUCCUUUUUUUGUUCUCUUGUCGUUUUGCUGUAAUUGUGUUUGAUUUCGAGGAAUUGCUUUUUAGUACACUACAUUUCAGAUAUUGAGAUUUGGAACAUGAUAGUUUUAGAUUUGAACAUUUGAAUCCUUUCUUGGGAUGAAAUAUUAGAAUGUUUCAUUUAUAUAGUGAAGUAAGGUAAUGAUGCCUUAUUCAAAUAGUAACAUUGUUGGAUGCAUCAAAAGAUCUUAUAACAGUAUAAUCUUUACAUUUUACCAAAAAAAAAUAAAUCUUAUAACAGUAUAGAGCAUGUGGUUAAUAGUUUGAGUGAGUACAAUGUGCAGUGUUAAUUUGCUUUUGCUCUUAUACUUUGGAACCUUUUCAUCAAUCAUUGAUUUCAUCUUGCUAUCAAACUCUAAACCAAAACUAAUGAACAUGCUCACUUGUAUUAUUUACAUGGAUGUAUAAGACGCACAUACUAUAUAUUUAUAUAUGCAACUAGAAAUAUAAUAUAUGCAUGCAUCAAGCAUGUAAGUCCAACAUGAAUUGAAUAAUUGGAAAAAUUAGGAUCAAAUCAUUGGGACAUAAUUUUACGAUGUACAGAAGAAAUCGUCUGGCAAAGAUAACAUAUAAUAACAUGUUCAACGUUGUUCAGAUUCUGCAUGUCAUGGAUCUCAUUCUUAUCAUCUUAUUUUACGUUUUCCUCGAUUUUAAAUCCGAAAUUUUAGUUUUCCCAUAUUUUUGAUAAUUGGUGGGUUAUAUUGAGGUUUCAUUAAUUCAUCAUUUUAAAUAUUGUCCAGUAAUUUUCUGUUGAAUUUUUAUGUCAUAUAUCAUAUUAUCAUAUAUGUAUAUUAUAUAGUAAAAUGUAUGCUAAGCAAGUCUAUUACCACAUAUAUGAAUACAUGAUUAAUAUAGCUUGAAAAUUUAGGUCGUGACGACGUUGAUACAGACUUGCUCGGGAAUGAUUUCUAUUCAAGCAUAAAAAACGUUCAUACAAAAAGUAUACCUUAAAUUAUCUUCGAUACAUCUAAGUCAUCCUCGCUGGACCACGUAAUUAAUUAAUAUAACAUUAUGAAUUGUUCAGGCAUAAUAUAUUGUUCGGCCAUCUUUAUAUAUAUAUAUAUAUAUAGUUUGGCCAUCUUGUUAGACCGUAAUUCAGUUAUUCGCUAGAUAAUAUCAAUUUAAUGGAACAUGUAAGCUAGUAAUAACAUAAAUUUUAAUUGUAAAGAUUGAAAUCUGGAUAAAGAAAAAUAGGAGAUGAAAUUUGACGUUGCAACAACAAUUGAAAAAUAUUAAAUUAAGGCUCCAAUUAAACUAAUAUAAACACAAGAAUAUGUCUAAAUCAAGGGUUGGUCAGGAUAGCCUAAAACAAGUUUAUCUUCCACUAAUCAUACAAUUUAAAGACAGCUCUGACACGUAUUAUGUUAUUCGGAAAAUGUACGCAUAAUAUAGAAAAUGUUGAAUUGAAGAAACAUCUAUCUCCACACCACAUGGAUUAGUGGAGACUCUGGAGACAGAGGAUUGGCUAUACAAAUGCAUUUGUACAGGUCUGAACGAUUUUAAUUUACCUUGCUACGCAUAUCUGUUUUACGUUUUAUUUCUAGAAGAGCUUUUGGACCAAGGCUCGUAGUUUCUGUUAACCCGGGAUCAGCCUACAUUCUGGUGCUUUAAGAGGAUUUGUUUCCAUUAUUCUUUAUUAUCAAUGAAAUUAGAAGUUGAGAAAAAGGAAAAAGAUUGAAGAGACAAAUAUUAUGAAAAUUCCUCAAUAUUGAAAAACCUUAACUUUUUAAAAUAGCAUCAAUGUUAUGAUGUUUCUUUGGUGAGUGGGUGUAUUUCGUGUGAAUAAACUAAAGAUUACAACAAUUAACAGUAGUUUUUUUUGUACUGUAGGUAAAUGAUUUUCAGUAUCUGCAGUAAUCUGUUGCUUUUUCAGUUUCUUGGAUGACUUGUAUAUUGAAGAGUAAUUAAAUAACUUGCAUCAUAAAUUACACGGUUCCAAUAGUUUAAGACAUUUGCGAUUGUUCUAAGUUUUAACUCAAAAUCACUGAUGAGAAUCAUGAGAUACUCCAGAAUGUAUAAACAUAUAGUUAAGUCAUAAAAACUUUGAUCUAUUUUUACUCUUUUCUAUAUACCCAUUCCCACAUUCGACGAGACUGAAAAAUUAAACCCACCAUACCCAUAUUUAAGAAAGAAACAUAUAACAAAUGUUGGAAUUUCUUUAUAUAAACCAAUAUAUCAAUAUUCUGAAAAGUUAAAACAUAAUACUGCAUGCAAUUGUGCAAAGCAUUCCUUCAUAACAUUUUUUAAUUCCUAAAAAUGUUGAGAUGUUUCUCAUAAUACAACCAGCUCAUUUGAGGCAUAUACGGUUUAGAUAUGAUUCCUUCCAUUAUUAUUUCUAAUACUAUAUGUAUACUUAACUGUCCACAUAAUUAUUUCUAAUACUAUAUGUGUACUUAAUUAACUGUCCACAUAAUUAAUAGCCAUAAAAAUUAUCUGUCUUACAAUGUACUUAUACCAAACCUUUGCAUAGCAUCUGUGUAUAUAUAUACACACAACUAAACUAGAGAGUUACAACAAACAUCAAAAUACAUCCAUCUUUUCUCUCUCUCAUCAUCAUCUUUAGCCAUGGCAAAGGACUUGGAGGUGCAAGAGGGCGGAGCAAUGGCGGCGAGAGAUUACCAGGAUCCGCCUCCGGCCCCAUUGUUUGACAUGGAGGAGCUUGGGAAGUGGUCGCUCUAUAGAGCGGUCAUAGCUGAGUUCGUGGCAACACUUCUCUUCCUUUACGUCUCAAUCCUCACCGUAAUUGGCUACAAAGCUCAGACCGACGCAAAUGCCGGAGGAGUUGAUUGCGGCGGCGUUGGGAUAUUGGGUAUUGCGUGGGCUUUCGGUGGAAUGAUUUUUGUUCUCGUUUACUGCACCGCCGGUAUCUCUGGUGGUCAUAUAAAUCCGGCUGUGACGGUGGGACUGUUCUUAGCUCGAAAAGUGUCAUUAGUGCGGACAGUGUUAUACAUUGUGGCUCAGUGCCUUGGUGCCAUAUGUGGUUGCGGCCUGGUCAAAGCAUUCCAAAGUUCUUACUACAACAGAUAUGGAGGUGGAGCCAACCAGCUUGCCGACGGCUACAACAAAGGUACCGGACUAGGUGCCGAGAUCAUCGGAACAUUUGUCCUUGUCUACACCGUUUUCUCGGCCACCGAUCCCAAGCGAAGUGCACGUGACUCUCACAUUCCAGUUUUGGCGCCACUUCCCAUUGGUUUUGCCGUCUUCAUGGUUCACUUGGCCACCAUUCCCAUCACUGGAACCGGAAUCAACCCCGCCCGUAGCUUCGGAGCCGCAGUUAUCUACAACCAAGAAAAGGCCUGGGACGACCAAUGGAUAUUUUGGGUGGGACCAAUGAUCGGAGCAGCAGCAGCUGCGUUAUACCAUCAGUUUGUUCUAAGAGCGGCUGGAAUUAAAUCUCUUGGCUCCUUUAGGAGCUCUGCUUAAUUUUAAUUGUUUGAAUUGAGCCACAAGUUGAUCUUAAACCAAAAUGAUGAUUACCACUAUAUAUUAAGCGGAAGCUACGUGUAUCUUUUAUUUAAUUUUAUGUUCUGUUUUUAAAUUUCAAGGAAUUUCCCAUUGGUUGUAAAUGUGGUUUUAAUUAAUGUUGCUUUAAGAUAAAUCUCUUCUUUGCUUUUA